AUGUCCUCCAACGAACAAGCCCCCGACGGCCUCGCCACCGAAAACGAAUACACCAGCCGCACAGGCCAGAAAUCCCACAUCCCCGUGCAGAGCGACGACGCCACGGUCGAAGACCCCAUCGAUCCCGCGACGGCCGAUUCGGAUCAGCAGUUAGAGAAAGACGAUGCGGAUGCGAUUGAUCGGUCGAAUAUUGUUGAUAGCCGCACCAGGGCCGCCGCGAAGGGGAAGGGUGGGUAUGCUGAGCCGGGGGAUGAAGAAGGGCUGCCGUCGGGGGAGGAUGGGACGAGUUCGGGACGGCAGUAA